CCUUUUUAUAUUCAUUCUAUCGACUCUUGUUCUCAAUUUUGCUUUCUUGCUCCAGCCUUUACUUUUUCAUCCCUCAAGUAUUGAUCGAUUGAAUUGAGCUGUGUUCGGAAAGAUUGAUCUACAGAUACGUUUGCGGCAUUCCAAACAUUUUGAGUGGGACAAACUACCAAAGCGUCCUAAAACAUCGGAAUAUCACUUGCCAUUCACGACGAGGGACGUUUGGUUCUGUACGAUUAUAGCCAUAUAUAUACCGACCUCACCUCUUCCUUCGAAAACUAGUCAAUAAUUCACAUCGUAAUCGCUCUAUUCAUAUAAAUCGCAAAAAUGCGACCAUCAUCACCGCUCUCGCUCCUCCUUUUCCUCCAACUUUCAACCGCAUUCCCAGUUUCCCGAGAAUGUUUCAAUUCACAAUCUUGCAACUCACUCCACUCAGUCAAAGAUACUCUCUCGCUCUCUCAUCCCAAACUCAGCGAUCCCCGCGAUCCACAUUUCCCAAAACAUCAAACGCUACCUGUCCCAACUUUUGUUAAACCAACAACUACUUCCCCUUCGGACGAAGAACAUGAUGCGGAAGAAGGUGCUUUCGACAAUGCACCAAUGACCCCAUCAAAUGACAUCUCCGCAGAUGAGGCCCUUUCUGCAGAAACACCACUCAGUUCGGCAUAUCUUCAAAGUUUGACGAGGACGAGUGACGAGGAUGAAGCAAGACCAAGUAUGCCUACUUCUGCAUUACCUAAAUUGCGCAAAGAAGAUGCGAGGAAAUACUGGGAGGGAGAAAAUAGAGGGAUAAGCAACCAUGGAGAAAAACCAGGAUGUGGAAAUUCCAAUUCGUGGCCCGGGACUGCGGUAGGAUAUCGAACUCGCUUGGCGCAUUUGGAGAUGGUACGAAGAAAUGAUUUUAUGGUGGUGGGAAUUGUGGUGGUGUUUUUACUUGUGGUUUGUGUGUUGGAGUCGGUAGAAAGGUUUGGAAAUCGGAAUUCGAGAAGAGGGGAAAUAUUUCUAGAGGAUGAUGAGACGUAUGCUUUUAUUGUUCAGAAGCCGAGAGAAUUCUACCAGAUAGAAUCCGUUCUCAAUGAGAAAUACGCGCAAGAAUCGGAAUACAAAGAAUAUAAAGAUGAUGAGACAGUUGUAGCGGAAGAUUUCAAUACAGAUAAAGAGAGAGACAGCUGGAUUGAGCUCGCGGCGCUAGCUCAUGUUUUUUGGGGGGGUCUAUAUAAAAGUUGAUUGGAUAACGGUGUCUGGAACCUGGCAGUGGGGCAUUUGAUUGUGGAAAACAAACACAAUGGGCGUUUUUAGCAUGUCUUUACGGUGCCGGAUGAUUUUGGUCAAGAGUUAUAUACUUGAUGAAGGAUGAAUUUCUGAAUCCCACGCGUGGCAAACAGCGCAAUUAGCAACGGCCAUCAGGUAGAGAAGAAAGAAAGAAUAAAUGAACUUUGAACAA